UCUCCGAUAUUCAGCGUUCCACGUCGACUGGUCUGCCCGUCCAGCGUCAUCGCUUCACCCCGUCGCCGGCCACCUGCCGGCGCCACCGCGGGAGCCUACACCGGGGGCUUGCCCACCCGACGGCGACGCGCGGUUAGCGCCGCCUGCCCUCGCCGCUCGUUUCGGCCAAUACAGAAACCAAGGCCGGGGCUUGGUGCGCCCUCGGGCUGCCGCUGCCGCCACCGGGCCGAUCGCCGCCGCGGCUCCCGUCCCGAUCCACGAAGGGGGUGAAUUCGGUAAGCGACGGUCGCGCUCGGUAUCAAUGCGGUUAAGUGGAGGACGAAAUUCUCUUACGCGAAUUUGGGGAUCUGGCUGGGGGUCUUCGUUCUUCCAUCGGAAUCAUCCCCUCCUGUUUCCUCCCGCAAAUUGGGUGCGGUCCAAUUGUAGUGCGAAAUUUUAGUUCUGAUGAUGAUGUACGAUCUGUGUACCUGAGUUCGGUCCUCACUUUGGAUCUUGCUUCAAGUCUGAGAUUUGUCCACAGGCGCCAAAUUUUUUGAAUUGGGACCCUUGCAUUGCUUAUUCACUUUUGGUGUUCAUACCGAUCUUCUCGAAUAGUUUGGCUAUUCCAGAGAAGGAGAUGGAAAUGUGUGCUACGCUACUUCUGGUGAUCGAUUGAUCGAUGAACGGACAAAGCUGUUACUAGUAGUAAUGUGUCGGGACGAAAAGCAGCUGCUGCACAUUUUGCUACAUUUGGAGUGAUUUCUGCCAAAGCUGAAGCCAGCAGCUAUGUAUUUCUCUGACUUCAAGGAAAUGCUAUUUCUGCUAGCUCAAUAGCUCACUGGCAAAUCGGCUAGUCAUGCUCAGCUGGUUUUGGGUUUUCUGCCAAAAAGGGCUUCUUUGGAGUGUUGCAUUCAGUGAGGGCUUCUUGAGAAUUGCUAUAAGAGUAUCUGUUUUUGAAAGGAGUAGAAUUAAAAAAAAUUAAAAUAUUGUUGCGAAACACAUUGAGCCUGUAACUGUUGUCCAUCAGUAAUAUGGAUGCAUGCUAUCGUCUAUAUUUUUAGUCUGUCAGUAGUUUGGAUAUUUUGUGGUUUUUUCAUCUCAAACUGUGAUUUCAGAAUAAGCAUGUAGUUUAAUGGUAAUGCAGCUAGGUUUGAUAAAAAGGAAACUACAUUUUGCUGCAAAGCAGUUAUUUUGUAGUUUUUUUAGAAGAAGUGCAUAGAGUGGUUUUGUGUAUAUCUUUGUUGUGUUAUCAGCUUCAGUACUCCUCUUCUCGAUGAACUACUUUCUUAGAAGAAGCUCUGAUUUAUCAUCUUUAAUCCAACAGCUACAAGUGCUUAAGCAGUGCCAAUACCAUCCUGUCAACAAGUUCCUCUUGUCACAAAAGGACAACACUCGCAUCAUGGCAAAGGCUGGCAUUUUAGGCCGUAGCAGUGUGCCAAGAUCAAAUGAGGGCUUGCGAAUCAUAUUGUCAGCAGUUGUCGGCAUUAUGCUUGGGUACUUGUUUGGCAUUUCCUUCCCUACAGUUAAUAUAACAAAGCUUCACUUCCCUUCCAGCAUUAUCUCCUAUAUUGAAGAUAGAAACUCUGGCAUUACAACCCAAACAUUGUUGAACCAUGCAUGGACGUCUGCUGCUAGUCACAAGAAGAACAAUUCGGUUUCUAAACCGGAUGAAAUUCCGAAGAUUUAUGUACCAACAAACCCUAAAGGUGCUGAAAGGCUCCCACCUGGCAUCGUUGUGUCUGAAACAGAUCUUUAUCUCCGGAGAUUGUGGGGUGAGCCUAGUGAGGAUCUUACUAGCCAACCAAGAUACCUUGUCACAUUUACAGUUGGAUACUCCCAGAAGGCAAAUAUUGAUGCAGCGGUAAAAAAGUUUUCAGAGAACUUCACAAUUAUGUUGUUCCACUAUGAUGGUCGGACCACAGAAUGGGAUGAAUUUGAGUGGUCAAAAAGAGCUAUCCAUGUCAGUGUCAGAAAGCAGACUAAAUGGUGGUAUGCCAAACGGUUUUUGCAUCCUGAUAUUGUUGCUCGUUAUGACUACAUAUUUAUCUGGGAUGAGGACCUAGGCGUCAAUCAUUUUAAUGCAGAGGCGUACAUUGAGCUUGUUAGGAAGCAUGGGCUGGAGAUCUCUCAGCCUGGUUUGGAGCCCGACAAAGGUCUGACAUGGGAAAUGACUAAACGCCGAGGUUAUUCGGAAGUCCACAAAGUAACUGAGGAGAGGCCAGGCUGGUGUACGGAUCCCCAUCUGCCACCUUGUGCAGCAUUCGUUGAAAUUAUGGCAACUGUGUUCUCAAGGGAUGCAUGGCGCUGUGUAUGGCAUAUGAUUCAGAAUGACUUGGUCCAUGGAUGGGGUCUCGAUUUUGCUCUUAGGAAAUGUGUGGAGCCAGCCCAUGAAAAAAUUGGAGUUGUUGAUUCCCAGUGGAUUGUUCAUCAAGUUAUUCCAUCACUUGGUAACCAGGGCAAGGCAGAGAAUGGAAAAGCGCCGUGGGAAGGGGUAAGAGAACGCUGUCGACAAGAAUGGGGAAUGUUUCAAACAAGGUUGGCAGAUGCUGAGAGAGCGUACUACUUGGAGCACGGGAUCACACCCCCAAAUUCGACAGGAGCUUAGCUGAGUACAGGUGCCUCAGGAGUCAUGGUAAGGUUUCUGUUUUGGGAACCUGGCACCUGAAUGACCGGUAUUCACAUCGAAGCUCAGCUCCAUGGAGAUGCAAUUCCAUGGCCAGAUUUGUACAGGCAGCCUCGAAUCCUCCUCUCUUUUUUUCUUUUUUCUUUUUGCUCUACUUAUUCUUAGCCCUGUUCACUACUUAGUUUCAGUAGUAGUGAAACUAGCUUGUAUGUAAGUAACCGAUACAGCACGGAUCUUGAAUUCUUGAUGUCCAUACUAGUACUUCUUUC